AUAAAAAAUACCGCCCAAAGUGCGCAAGACACGGCUUAAAUAUUCACCGCGAUUCGUUUAGUAAAUUUUUAUCUGGGAAGCACGGCAUAUAGAAAAUGCUUUAUCAAGGCGGGUGAUAGUCCACGCAAAGCAGUUUCGUCCGUGGCAGUGCUUGAACCAAAUCAAAUUUUAAUUUAAUAAAAAAAAGUGUUGGAAAAAUGUUAUUCCUCCUAACUUUUCUUUGUGGAAUUGUUAUUGCCAUUUACGUCUACUUUACGUGGCAUUUUGAUCAUUGGAUCAAGAAGGGCAUUCCUGGUCCUAAUCCCAGGUUCUUCUUCGGCAAUUUCCCCAGCAAUGUGACUCAGAGCCGAAACAUGGUUUACGAUGCUCAUGAUAUUUAUCAAACAUAUCGCGAUAAGUUUUCAUUUGUUGGAUUUUAUCAUAUGAGAGCACCGGGUCUGAUGGCUCUUUGCCCUGACACAGUUAAGGAGAUUCUUAUCAAGAAGUUUAGGAAUUUCCAUGAUAAUGAAUUUGCCGAUAUGGGUGAUAAGGAUGUAGACAGGAUGUUCAGCAGAAAUCCUUUUAUGCUGCAAGGAGAUGAAUGGAAGGAGAAAAGAGCAGAAAUAACACCGGCAUUUACUCCUGCAAGAAUCAAGACAAUGUUCCCUGUGAUAGAGGAUGUCUGCCAACGAAUGAAUAAUUAUGUGAAAACCCACAAUAGGGAUGCAAUUGAUGUGAGAGAAAUGUGUGCUAAAUAUGCAACAGAUGUUGUAUCGAGUUGUAUCUUUGGCCUCGAUGCUGAAUCCUUUACAAAGGACAAGCCUCUCAUUAGAGAAAUGGGCAUUAAGCUGAUGAAUCCGUCAUUCUCAGCUAUUGCCUACUUCAUCCUCAUUGAGAUCCUUCCCUUCAUGCGACACAUCAUUAAGAUGCCAUUUGUUCCCAAGGAAGUUGAGAACUUCUUUGUCAAUCUCAUGAAGGAUGCAAUAGCCCUGAGGAAGAAGAACAAGAUUGAAAGAAUUGAUUUUCUGCAGUAUCUCUUGGAAUUGCAAGAGAGGAAAAAUUUAGCAGAGAUUGACAUGGUUGCUCAUGCUGUGACCUUCUUCCUGGAUGGCUUUGAAACAUCCAGCGUUGCUAUGUCCUAUGCUCUCUACGAAUUGGCAAAAAAUCCUGACAUCCAAAGUAAACUCCGCAAUGAGAUCAAAGAGACUGAGCUCAAGAAUGGAAAGAUAUCAUUUGAGAACCUCCUUGAGAUGCCUUACCUGGAGCAAGUGGUAAUGGAGACUCUAAGGAGACGUUCUCCAGCUCUUUUGCUGUCCAAGAAAUGUACAGAAAGUUGCAAAUUGGAACUUGUUGAUGGGGAAAUGAAGACAAUAGAUGAGGGUGUUUCAAUCAUGAUCCCCAUCUAUAGCAUUCACCUUGAUCCUCUGUACUACGACAAUCCUGAAGAAUUCGAUCCUGAACGUUUUAGUCCGGAAAAGGGAGGAACGAAACUUUAUCGUGAUAAGGGUGUCUUCAUUCCCUUCAGUGAUGGUCCCAGGGCUUGUCUUGGACAGAAAUUUGCACUAACCCAAGUCAAAGCAGGAAUUGUUGAUAUCGUGAAGAAUUACGAACUUAUGCCUAACUCUAAAACUGAAGAACCGAUUGUCAUAGCUCCUGGAGAAUUUACAUCAGCUCCAGUUGGAGGACUAUGGCUCAAUUUCAAGGAUUUAAACUAGUUUAAUUUGCAAUUGUAAAAAUAAAUUGUUAAAUGAAAUCCUGGGUAUAAAUAAAUAAAAUGGAUAAAAGAAUAAA